AUGCCUUCUCAAAAGUCGCCUUCAUCAUCAUCGUCAACUGUGAAACGAAAGCAGCAGACCAUCUCGAGUUUCUUUACCAAGAAGGCACCGGUAACUGCUAAGGAACCAGCCAACAGCCGAAGCACAGAAGCGGAUACAGAACAAGAGAAAAAGGUCGCCUCGGGUAAAGAGAACGUUGCGCUGAGAGAGGAUGCGGACAGUGACCUGGAUGAGGAUGAUGAGGACAUUGUCCUUCCUGCUCGAAAGCGAGUGAGAGUCAACGGAACACCCACCCUCGAGCGAGAUUCUGUGACCCCACAAGGCAAAUCAGACCUGGGCGAUCAUGUUCCUCCGUCAAGUAGUGCACGAACCGAGCGCUUCAAAUUCACCAGCUCUCCUGCUCCCGAGGGAUUAGACGAGGUGGAGAAGGAGGAUGAGCGUCAGCGCAGGGAGAAAGAGAAACUGCAUCAAAAGUUUGUCAAGAAGCUUGGUGGAGCGGAUUGUGUGAUUGGGAUCGGAAGAUCUGCCAUUGGGGAUGAUGAUGUUGCUGGUCUGGGAGAGGACGGCGAUGAAGGCGAUGAGGAUGAAGAACCGACUCCACCACCUACCAAGGGCAAAUCUGGGCCGGCAGCGAAGAAAGGUGGCUCCAAGCUUACGCCUAUGGAGAAGCAGGUGAUCGAGAUCAAACGCAAGCAUAUGGACACCAUUUUGGUUGUGGAGGUCGGGUAUAAGUUCCGCUUCUUUGGCGAGGAUGCGAGAAUUGCGGCUAAGGAGUUGGGCAUCGUGUGCAUACCGGGAAAGCUGCGAUUUGACGAACGUAUGGGCCUUUUUUUUUUGGCGAUGUUUCGUGCGCACAAGGAUGCUGACUCUUAUUGCACAGAUCCGUCCGAGGCACACCUCGACCGCUUCGCAUCGGCGAGUAUCCCUGUUCACCGGCUACACGUACACGUCAAGCGGCUAGUCGCUGCAGGACACAAGGUCGGAGUUGUAAGGCAGACUGAAACUGCCGCACUAAAGGCCGCAGGAGACAACCGCAACGCUCCUUUCGUUCGCAAACUCACCAAUGUGUACACAAAAGGCACAUACAUCGAUGAUGUAGAAGGACUAGAGGGCCCUAAUGCUGUUGCUUCUGGGGAUGCCACUCCCGCUACAGGGUAUCUUCUCUGCAUAACGGAGACAAACGCCAAGGGCUGGGGGAACGAUGAACGGGUCCAGGUGGGCAUCGUGGCUGUUCAGCCAGCUACAGGAGAUAUUAUCUACGACGAAUUUGAAGAUGGCUUCAUGAGAGGCGAAAUCGAAACGAGAUUGCUCCACAUUGCGCCUUGUGAAUUCCUCAUAGUGGGCGACUUGUCGAGGGCCACUGAAAAGCUUGUUGAACACUUGUCUGGAAGCAAGACGAAUGUGUUUGGCGACAAAGUGCGUGUUGAAAGGACCUCAAGGUCCAAGACGGCUGCGGCAGAGGCCCAUAGCCACGUUUCUAGCUUUUAUGCCGGAAAGAUGAAGGUGACGGGAACUGCUGAGGAUAUACAAGCAAGCAGUCUCUUGGACAAGGUGUUGAAACUACCAGAGAAUGUCACUAUCUGUCUCUCUGCUAUGAUCAAGCAUUUGUCCGAGUAUGGCUUGGAACAUGUCUUCGACCUGACCAAAUACUUCCAGCCUUUCUCCGCACGGUCCCACAUGCUCCUAAAUGGUAACACUUUGACGAGUUUGGAGAUCUAUCAGAACCAAACGGAUCAUACAAGCAAAGGUAGCUUGUUCUGGACGUUGGAUCGUACUCAGACCCGAUUCGGGCAGAGGCUGCUUCGGAAAUGGGUCGGGAGACCUCUGCUGGACAAGGGCAAGCUAGAGGAGAGGGUGGCUGCGGUGGAAGAGUUGCUGGAUCCAGAGCGGACAACUCAAGUCGAAAGAUUGAAAGCCUUACUGGGGAAGGUCAAGAGCGACCUCGAGAAGAGCUUGAUCCGCAUAUACUACGGAAGGCUAACUGUGUCUAUCAAGUGCACACGGCCAGAGCUUCUGACCGUUCUUCAGACAUUGCAGAUAAUCGCAAGUGAAUUCUCGCAUAUCAAAUCCCCUGCGGAUUCUGGCUUCGAUUCACCUAUUAUCAGUGAGGCUCUGGCCGCUCUCCCAACCAUCCAGGAUGACGUCGUCUUCUUCCUUGAUAAGAUUAAUAUGCACGCUGCGAAGAACGACGAUAAAUAUUCAUUCUUCCGGGAGUCAGAGGAAACCGAAGAGAUCACCGAGCACAAACUUGGAAUUGCCAGCGUUGAGCAUGAGCUGCAGGAGCACUGUGCUGUUGUAGCCGAAACGUUGGGAAAGAAAAAGGUGGAAUAUGUUACAGUGGCAGGUAUUGAGUAUCUGAUUGAGGUUGAGAACAACUCGCCGCAAUUCAAACGGGUCCCUGCUUCCUGGGCGAAAAUCAGCGGAACGAAGAAAGUCUCGCGUUUCCAUACCCCGGAAGUGAUCAAGCUGAUUCGGCAGCGUGAUCAACAUAAAGAGGCACUGGCCGCUGCGUGCGACAAGGCUUUCAUGAACCUGCUCGCGGAGAUCUCAAACAAGUAUCAAGUUUUCCGUGAUUGUAUCCAGGCCCUGGCCGUGCUCGACUGUCUUCUCUCACUGGCGACAAUUGCAAGCCAGCCGGGCUAUGUCAAGCCCCAAUAUGCCGACGAUACACGGAUUGUGGUGAAACAGGGCCGUCAUCCGAUGGUGGAGCAGCUCCUUCUCGAUAGCUAUGUCCCCAACGACACCAACCUCAGCACAGAUGAAACGCGUGCGCUGCUUGUUACGGGUCCGAACAUGGGCGGCAAAUCGAGUUAUGUCCGGCAGGUGGCGCUGAUCGCCAUCAUGGGCCAGAUCGGCUCAUACGUACCGGCACAAUCAGCAACGCUGGGGAUGCUCGACGCCGUGUUUACUCGCAUGGGUGCGUUCGAUAACAUGUUGACCGGCGAAUCGACCUUCAUGGUGGAGCUGUCGGAGACGGCGGAUAUCCUGAAACAGGCGACUCCCCGGUCGCUGGUCAUCCUUGAUGAGCUUGGUCGGGGCACAUCGACGCAUGACGGCGUUGCCAUCGCGCAAGCCGUGCUCGACUAUAUGGUCCGUUCCAUUCGGAGUCUGACGUUGUUCAUCACGCACUACCAGAAUCUUUCCAGCAUGGCGCGGUCAUUUCCCAACAACCAGCUUCGCAACGUGCACAUGCGGUUCACAGAGUCCGGAACAGAAGGCGACGAAGAGAUAACUUUCCUGUACGAGGUCGGCGAAGGGGUAGCCCACCGGAGCUACGGAUUGAACGUUGCCCGUUUGGCCAAUCUCCCGGCGUCCGUGCUAGACGUGGCGAGGCAGAAGAGCGCCGAGCUCGAGGAGAAGAUUAAGCGGAAGCGACUUGCGGCGGUUGUGAGGUCGGUACAAGACCUGAUGCAGGACCGUCCUUCCGCGGAAGAAAGCAGAGAAUCAUUGAUCGACAAACUCCUUGUGGCUGCAGAACAGCUGUGA